ACAUAUACACCCUCAUUAAUGGUGGAAACUAACUACUGCAGUUAGUCAAGGAUGAACCUCACUUCUCCUCUCUCCCUUUACUCUUCCUCAGAAAUGACCAUCUCUGCAAUGUCAUUAUGGCUAAUCUUCAUCCCUCUUGCAUCUGCUCCUCUUCUUCUCCUCCUCAUCCACAAAGGAAAGCAGAAACAUAAACUCCCUCCCGGACCGAAAAAGCUCCCCAUAAUUGGCAACCUCCAUCAGUUAGGUUCGAUUCCUCACCGUUCGCUUUGGCUACUCUCCCAAAAACAUGGACCUUUGAUGCAGCUACAGCUUGGUCUCAGGCCAACUCUUAUCAUUUCGUCCGCCGAAAUGGCUAAAGAAGUAAUGAAGACUCACGACCUUGAUUUCUGCUCUCGACCCCAUCUCAUUGCUCCCAACAAAUACUCGUACAAUUCCUCUGAUAUCAGUUUUUCACCCUACGGCGAGUACUGGAGGGAGAUGAGGAAAACAUGCGUGCUCGAGCUUUUCAGUGCCAAGAGGGCGGAAUCAUUUCGCGGAGUAAGAGAAGAGGAGGUGUCUCUAAUGAUUCAGUCCAUUUCACGUUCUUCGUCGAAGCCUGUCAACCUGCAUAAGGCCGCGGUCAGUCUUGCAAACAAUGUUGUCUGCAGGAUUUCUGUCGGUGAGACGUACAAAGAUGGAGAGUAUGAGAAGGGUCAGGCUCAUGAAAUUCUUAAGGAAGCUGAUCAGUUGCUGGGAGAUUCUUUUGUUGGCGAUUUUUUUCCAGGGUUGGGCUUUAUCGAUAGAUUGAGCGGAAGAACUCGUAGGCUCGAGAAGAAUGCAGGCGAGCUUGACGCAUUUUAUGAGGAAGUUAUAAGGCAUCACCUUGAUCCUGAAAGGGUUAGACCUGAACACGAAGACCUCGUCGAUGUUUUGCUUCGUGUGCAGAAGGAGGAAGGCCGUAUCGCCAAGGAAAACAUCAAGGCAGUCCUUACGGAUAUCUUCAUUGGUGGAAGUGAAACAUCCUCUGCAACCAUAGUCUGGGCCAUGGCCGAGCUUGUAAGGAAUCCAAGGGCAAUGAAGAAAACACAAGAUGAAGUUAGGGCCUUCCUAGGAUCGAAAGGAAAGGUCGAAGAAGGAGACCUUCAUCAGCUCCAAUACCUGAAAGCAGUGGUGAAGGAGACUCUCAGGCUGCAUUCUCCUGUUCCACUUCUCCCGAGAGAGACAAUUCGACACUGUAAGGUCGAAGAGUAUGAUAUAUUGCCAAAUAUGCUCGUAUAUGUUAAUGCCUGGGGGAUUGGAAGGGACCCUAAGACAUGGCAGAGUGCAGAAGAGUUCAUACCCGAAAGAUUUACGAAUAGCUCGGUCGACUUCAAAGGCCACGAUUUUCAAUUCAUUCCUUUCGGCUCGGGACGAAGAAUUUGCCCCGCGAUGAGCACGGGGGUGGCGGUCAUCGAGCUUGCGCUUGCUAAUAUGCUGUACUUAUUCGACUGGGAGUUGCCUGAAGGGAUGAAGAGAGAGGAUGUCGAAAUGGACGAUACAGCAGGGUUUACUGUGCACAAGAGAUCUACUCUUUACCUUGUGCCCGUAAAUCGUGGCUCAAAAUAGGAUUACGUGAGACAUGCAUUUCAUGUAGUAUGUGAAGUAGUAGGGUUGGUGAUGCCCUUAUUUACCCUCUAAGUAUGUGUAUGCUAUGAAUAAUGUAAACUUUCCAGAGUGCCUUAUGAUGGUGUUGAUCCAAAUGAUAGCCUUUACAUUUUUUUUCAUUUUUUUCA